AUGGUCUUUUACAACCCAUCGUCCAUCAAUCCAAAACCUGUCAGCAAGGAACACUCCUGCUGUCUCUUUUUGAACCAAUCCAUGAACAGCAGUAGAGAAAUAAAAGGGAAACAGAAAAAGAAAACCGGUUGCCAGGUCAAUCACGAGGCUAGGCGCUGGCGGCCGAAUCCCCCAAAACCAAAAUGGAAAAUAGCGCCCCCGCGUCCCCCAAAAUCCCGCGCUCGCGGGGCCCCUAAAACGCUUCCCCAAUCUUUCCCUCCCACCCGACACGACCUCCACCACGGCGUCUCACUCACCCAAAACUCGAACGAAUUUCCAAAUCCCAGCUGCGAUCGAAAGAACCCGAGUCAGAUCUUCCCUCCAACCCGAGUCCUCCCAAAUCCUUCGAAUCCAAAAAUAAUGGCGGCCUCCGCUCCCUCCCAUUCCCCCAUCCCGCCCCGCUACAUAACCGCAUCCCCGCACUCCUGCCCCAAUCCUCCUCUGCCUCCGGCUCUCCGCCUCCACCGCUCCGGCGCCAGGCUACCGCCCCUGCCCCCGCCGCCGCGCUAGGAGAGUCGGAGUAGGAGCAGCCGCCGCCAUCCAUGGCCGACAAGGAGAACGCCGCCGCCUGCGCCGCCCCGCCGCGCCUCACCCGCGCAGCCGCCAAGCGGGCCGCCGUCGUCACUGCCGUUGCCGUCGCUGCCAAGCGCAAGCGCAUCGCGCUCACCGAACUCCCCACGCUCUCUAACGCCGUGCUCUGCGCGCAUGACGACGACGACGACAAGCCCAAGAAGAAGCCCCUCACCGCCGCCGAGCCCAAGAAGACCGCGCCCGCGCCCAAGCCGGCGCCUCCCGCCGCCGCCGGUGUUGGGGAGGAGGAUGAGGGGGACCCGCAGCUCUGCGCGCCCUACGCAUCCGACAUCUACUCCUACCUGCGCUCCAUGGAGGCGAAGAGGCGGCCGGCGGAGGACUACAUCGCAGCGGUGCAGGUCGACGUCACGGCCAACAUGCGCGCCAUCCUCGUCGACUGGCUCGUCGAGGUCGCCGAGGAGUACAAGCUCGUCUCCGACACGCUCUAUCUCACAGUCUCCUACAUCGACCGCUUCCUCUCCGCCAACGCACUCAACCGCCAGAAGCUGCAGCUCCUCGGCGUCUCCGCCAUGCUCAUCGCCUCGAAGUACGAGGAGAUCAGCCCACCGAAUGUGGAGGACUUCUGCUACAUCACCGACAACACCUACACCAAGCAGGAGGUUGUUAAGAUGGAGAGUGACAUACUGAAUCUUCUCAAGUUUGAGAUGGGCAAUCCUACCACCAAGACGUUUCUAAGGAUGUUCAUCAGAUCUGCCCAAGAAGAUAAUAAGAAGUAUCUUAGCCUAUCGUUAGAGUUCCUGGGGAGCUACCUUUCUGAGCUGAGCUUGUUGGACUACGGCUUGCUUCGGUUCUUGCCAUCACUUGUUGCAGCUUCGGUGGUGUUUGUUGCAAGGCUGACCCUUGAUCCACACACCUAUCCGUGGAGCAAGAAGUUGCAAACACUGACUGGUUACAAGCCAUCUGAGCUGAAGGACUGUGUUACUGCCAUACAUGAGUUGCAGCUCAACCGGAAAGGUUCAUCAACAAUGGUGAUCCGGGACAAAUACAAGCAACACAGGUUCAAGGGUGUAUCAGCAUUGCUACCUCCUGUUGAGAUUCCUGCAUCAUACUUCAAGAACCUGAAGGAGUAGGUGUUCCUGGAUAAUUUACUAUUGCCAACACUCUUUGAGCUUUCCUCAAGCAAGAUGCACAGUGGCUAAGGUCGAUAAGUGACUUGUCAGUCCAGUUAGGGUACUGAGAGGUUCUUGGAUGCCGCAUCUAGGCUCGAGUGGGAGCAUUCAGAGUUGAUUUAUUCGAAGUUGAAGCUCGGUAGGAGGCUAGUCAUGUCCAAUCUUGUACCUGUGUAUCAUAAUCAUACAUUACAAUCUGAUGCCUUCAUUUGUUGGGGCACAAUCCUAAAAUUUCAUGUACUGGUCUUUGCACCCUUUUUAUUGCUUAUUUUCCCCAUACAGUUUGCACACUAGUCCAGAACAAAAAAGUUUUGUUGGGCAGUUUUAGAUCGGUGGGUAGACUGAGGAAUGUAUUUAGAUCUUGGUAACACGCAUCCCACAUGCAGGUAGUAUGUCCAGUCUUGGUAAACUUGGAAUAUUUGUGAAUGAUCAUUUCUAUCACAGUGCACACCUUUACUGUUGUUACUGGAAAAAUUGGCCACAUCUGAAGGUCUGAAUUAUGAUUGUCUUACUUGAAACAAACAGGCAUGGCGCCUUGUUCA